UAUACACAUAAGUAGAUAUAUAUGUAUACGACAAGCUAGCUGCCUAGCUAGCUAGCUAGUAUAUAUAUAUAUAUAGUUUUUAUACAUAAAGGAUAUAGCUAGCCAUAUAUACUAUCUAUACACAUAAGUAGAUAUAUAUGUAUACGACAAGCUAGCUGACUAGCUAGCUAGCUAGUAUAUAUAUAUAUAUAGCUAAUACUAUCGUAUGUUGUAUGUCCUUAAAGCUGUAUUAUAGUACUCCGUAUAUAAUAUUAUAAAUAUACGUUAUAUAUACGUAAGUGCCUGAGUUGACGGGAGAUGAUGGUAAAGCUGUUCAUCAGUGGGUUGGCGGUGGCGGUGGCAGUGGCGGUGACUAUCAGCGCCGCCGACGAUGUCCCGUUUGAUGAUAACUACUCGGUUGAAUGGGGAAACGAUCAUGUCACGUCCUUCAACCACGGAAUGCAAGUUCAGCUUUCAUUGGAUCAAAACUCUGGAUCACGCUUUGGGUCGAAGUCCUUCUAUGGAUCGGGUUUUUUUGAAAUGAGGAUGAAGGUACCGCCUCAAGAUUCUGCUGGAGUUGUCACUGCUUUUUACUUAACAUCAAAUACGGAAAAUGGUCGUCAUGACGAGCUAGAUUUCGAGUUCUUGGGCAACCGAGAAGGCAAACCAAUUACCUUGCAGACUAAUGUCAUCACGGAGGGCAUUGGGAAUAGGGAGGAAAGGAUUAUUCUCUGGUUUGAUCCCUCAGCUGAUUUUCAUUCUUACCAAAUCCUUUGGAACCAGCAUCAAGUCGUAUUUUAUGUAGAUAAUACACCAAUCAGAGUGUUCAAGAAUAAUGCCAAGAUUGGAGUGGAAUACCCAUCAUCACAUCCUAUGCAAAUUGAAUGCAGCCUAUGGAAUGGAGAGAGUUGGGCGACGGAUGGGGGGAGAUCCAAGAUAAUCUGGACACACUCACCGUUUAAAGCCGAGUUUCAAGGCUUCAAUGUGGAUGCUUGCCAAGCAGAUAAUAAUCUAAGUUCUAGUAUUGACCAUUGCUCCUCGCUUACAUACUGGUGGAACCAAAACCCGUUCUGGACGUUAAAUGAUACUCAACAAACAACUUACACUCAAGUUAGACACAAAUACAUGAACUAUGAUUAUUGUGCGGAUCUUUCAAGAUUCUCCAACCCUCCACCAGAGUGUGUUGUUUAAGGAUCAAAUCUCAAUUACAUAUUUUUGCACCUAUUAAUUUAUAUUUACAUUACUACUUAUCAAAUACUAGUGUGUUACGAUAGUAUAUAGUAAAUCCUCUUACAAUCACAUGGACACCGAGCUGGCAGACCUUAUCUCAUUUUAAUGCAAUGUAGAAUUAUUAAUGCUUGUAGGCACAAACGUCAAAUUUCAUUAUAUAUAAGUGAGUGUUUGUAUGUUGUGCAAUUCACAUAAAACAAUAUUUCUCAUAAGAAUGUACACUUGUGAAAUUUUUAUUUGAUAUUAUGCACAAUUAUGUUUAAC